CGAUUAUUGUUGCACUCCAGACAUCUGUCUGUUAUAGGGAAAUAGUUCGAUAUCUUCCACCGAGCGUCAGACAAAUCGAUCGCCCCACAUGCGAGAACGAGGCAAACGCGGCCCAAGAGGCAAAUACGCUCGCCUGAUAUGCCAGAAAUGCAGGUCAAGGAAAAUCAAGUGCGUGCUACUGGACUCUGACGAUAUACGACCAUUGGGUAGCCCACGAGCUCCAGAAAAGACUUGCGAUCGGUGUCGCAGCGUAAGUCUGGAGUGUAUCUUCGAGCCGACUGUGCUAGGGCAUGACACUAGAAUAACAACGGGGAAUUCAACGGCUAGAGCUGAGGGGCCUUCUUCAUCCUCAGUAUUGGACGUCGGGGAAUACCUAUUUGCACAGUCCGCGAAUGAAAGCUUAACGUCUGAAGAAAACACCGGGCCACUUCCAUUUCACCAUACCCCGCGGAGACGACUCAAGACUACUUUCAAAUCCAUGAUAGAGCCUUCCUUCUUAUUGUCAGCCAUCCUAGCCAAAGACCAGACUUUUGGCUCCAGUAUCCCACGAGCGACGUCACCUUGGAAUAAAAAUCUUAUUGAUCUUGUUAGCGAUGAUAUGGCGAUAACGUUUGAUUCCUGGCUACGUAAUCGUUUAGCCCUAGAUGAAUCCGCUUCUACCAAUAUUGCGACGAACUUGCUUUGCCCUACUUUGCCUGAUUGCUCUGGAGAUUCUGAAGUUCCUUCACUGAAGCACCCAAUUUUGAUGCAGAGCAUGCAACUGGCUCUGUCGACUUUCGGCCAGGCCUUUAUUUUCGUCCCCUACAGAUCGCGACUCGUUCGUGGCUACAAAGCAACAGCUUUGACUACCUUUCAAAGUAUCUCGCAUGAAGCGCUAAAAUCCCAAUUAUACAUCAAUCUUGCAUAUCAAAUUGCAGAUCGGUUAGAGUUGUUGCCAGCACACACUAUAUCAGCUGUUAACAAACCAAACUCUUUGAACUCGUCAGGGUGGGAGAAUAUACUUCUAGAUUCGCUACAAGGCUUGCAAAUCUAUUACUAUGAUGCGUUCCCAAUCCACGUUAUGCGGAAAGUCCUUGCCAACACGCAACCUCAUAUUGAAUUAUAUCAACUCAUCAUAAAUCACAUUCAGUCUGUCAUCGCUAUCAAGCAAAACUGGGCCAGCUUGGAGGCCAUAUCCGGGAUCAUUGAAAAAGCCGAAAACGACAAUAACUGUCUAAUACACUCGUCCAUCUGUGGAAACGGAGAGGAGUUGUUAGCUAUGUUUUCCUCCGUAUGCAGGGUCGAGAUUUUAUAUACCCUGGCACUUAGAGCAAGGAUCACAGAUAGUACAGCCAAAGAAGGUCCCGAUAUUACUAAUCGAGAGAUUGUACAUGCCAGCGAUCGAGUUAUCGAUACGUUUCACGGCUUCACGUGGUCCGAAGGUUCCUUUAUCACGUUUCUAGAGCGAUUUGGCAAAUCAUACCCAAAACAACUUGAAUUCGUUUUUGAGAAGUUUAUUCAAUGUGUAGGUAAUUUGACCCUUAAUGGUGUAACUUUCCACCACCCACCUCGACAUCUCAUUCAUGAGAUUGUCAGAGCUUGCAAAAAUCUCGUCGAAAACAGCAUCAUUAAUUAUAAAUUAGAUGGCACAAUCCCCGAGGGUUUCAACCGUAGAGUUGAAUUACUCGCAAAAUGUGAAGAACGGCUUAGCAGACCCAUUGAUGUAGCUUUUUCUGGUGGCUGUAUCCACGCUGCAGGCAGCAAACCAAUCAAUCUAUUCUUGGACUUUAUGGAAAGCCUGCGGGCGAGGGCUGCUGCAAAGCAGGAGUCGACGCAAGAUCAGUCCAAUUCAUUUGAAUUAUGUGCAAUCACCCAAGCAGCCGAUUGCUUGAUUCAUUUACUGCCCUCCAUUGAAUGGGCCCUUUGGCCUGAGAUUGGUGAAUACAAUCUAUGGAGAGAUUUCGAAAACAAUACCGACUAUUCUUCAAUAUUAAGCAUAUUUCCUGGUAGCAAACUGACGAGUAGUUCAAUACAGUAA